ACUACUCCAUCCAAUGAUUUUUGCCUAUAAAACAGCCACAAUUUUUGAUACGCAUCAAUUUGGGUGGCGCUAUUUUAAAUAAUUUUUAAUUAAAAAAUAUUAAAAUUGAAAAAUACUAGCGGAUGUAGAGUGCAUGAUUGUCACAGAUUUGGAUUGGAUCCGACAAGUGGCACCGGAUUCUCUCUCUCCGGCGCACACGCAGUGCAGAGGGACAUGGUCGUUGUGUAUGUUAGACUGAGUGAGCUCCCAAGCCACAAUGCUACGAACCCUCCGAUCUCGCCGUCGACCCCGCUACGGCGCCCCCCUCUGCGCCGCCGUCUCCGCCCUUCUCCUCCUCCUCUCCGUCACUGUUCUCCACAGCCGCCUCGGCUUUGACCGCCGCUCCCCGACUACUCUCCUCUCAAACGACCUCUCCUUCGAGACCAACCCCCUCCUCGACGAUGCCGUCUCCGAAUCCACCUCCGACGACCGCAUCGAUGAGCUCGACGUUGUUGAAGAAGAUCAGGACUCCGACCCCUCCAAGGCCUCGAACGAGGAAGAGAUUCUCCGAGGAGUCGAAUUUGAAGAUGAAGACGAAAGCGAUCAGUCUAAGGCUUCUGGGUUUUACUUCGAUCACGUUUUGGGGGUUAUUAGGCGGCCUUUCGACAAGCGUUCGAUCGAUAAAUGGGAGGAUUAUGCUAGUUUUGAUGUGGGAUUUGGCGUAGAGGAUCGUAGUAAGGGUGUAUUUGCGUCGGACGAUGUGGCGGUAGAUGAAGAAGUGAGGAGGAAGGUUGCGGAGGUUAAUGGGGUGGAAGAUGCACUUUUGCUAAAGACAGGUCGAAGGGUUAAUCCGCUGAGGGAAGGUUGGGGUUUGUGGUUCGAUAAGAAGGGCGACUUUUUGCGGAGAGAUAAGAUGUUCAAGUCAAAUGUGGAGCUAUUGAAUCCGUUGCACAAUCCAAUGUUGCAGGACCCAGAUGGGAGUGGAGUGACGGGGUUGACGCGGGGGGACAAAUUAGUGCAGAAGUUCUUGAUGAGUGAGUUCAAGAAAGUGCCUUUUGGUGUUAGGCACAAUUCCAUAUUGGAAGACCAUGGUGUUGGAAUUAAGAAGAGUACUGUUUCCAAUACCGAGGCAAAUGAGGGCUUUGAGAGUAUUGUGGAGAAAAGGAGAAGUGAUAUUAAAAGGGCUGAGCGGAGAACUUUAGAUGAUAAUGCUAAUAGUAGUGGCUCUUCCAGCUGGAAAGGUGUUGAUGCUAAUCAUACGUAUGACCUAAGUACUGAUUAUAGAAAUUUAUCAUAUAGGGGGAAUGGGAAAGAGGGGGAAAAAGACCAAAAUCAGGGAAAUUCUGGUGGGGGUGAAUUGUCUGAAUCAGAUAGGUUGAAGAAUGUGGGUUCUAAAGCCCAGAGUAGUUCUGAGUUGUCUGGUCAUAUAAGUGCUGACGGCAAGAGAUGGGGUUAUUUUCCUGGAUUGCAUUCGCAUUUGUCUUUUUCAGAUUUCAUGGAUGCAUUCUUUCGGAGAGAUAUGUGUGAUAUGAGGGUUUUUAUGGUGCGGAAUUCUCCGCCAUGGAUGUAUACUGUUCGAUACCAACGGGGCCUUGAGAGUCUUCUCUAUCACCACCGAGAUGCUUGUGUUGUUGUAUUCUCUGAGACGAUAGAACUUGAUUUUUUCAAAGACUUCGUGAAUGAUGGUUUCAAAGUUGCUGUUGCCAUGCCAAAUCUUGAUGAGUUGCUGAGAGAUACACCUGUCCACGUAUUUUCUUCUGUCUGGUUUGAAUGGAGAAAAACAAAAUUCUAUUCUACCCAUUACAGUGAACUUGUUCGGCUAGCUGCUCUAUACAAGUACGGUGGUAUCUAUCUUGACUCUGACAUUAUAGUGUUGAAUCCACUGUCUUCACUUAAUUAUUCUGUUGGCCUGGAGAGUCAGCUUGUAGGAGGUCCUUUGAAUGGUGCUGUGAUGGCAUUUAGAAAGCAUAGUCCCUUUAUUAUGGCGUGCUUGACUGAGUUUUACUCAUCAUAUGAUGAUACCCGCUAUAGGUGGAAUGGGGCUGAUCUCUUGACAAGAGUAGCCAGGAAUUUUUUGGAUAAAGAGAAUAUCUAUGAUAAACAGAUGGAGCUGAAAGUGCAGCCCUCUUUUAUUUUCUUUCCUAUUAACCGCAACAAUAUUACAAGGUACUUCACCUCACCGGCUACAGAGUCAGAAAGAGCUGAACAAGAGGCUUUAUUUAAAAAAAUUCUCAAUGAGUCACUCACAUUUCAUUUUUGGAGCAGCAUAACUUCUACGCUUGUUCCAGAGCCAAUGAGCCUUGUUGCCAGGCUUAUCGACCGCUCCUGUAUACGUUGCUUGGAUGUGAUGUGAAAUUUAGAAAGAAAAAUAAUUUUUUUAGUCCAUUCUUUCUUGUUGGCAAUUAAAUUGAGUUUUGAAUGGUGUUUUUUGAUCAACAUCCUCAGUUUCCCUUUUGAUUUCCCGUAGCCAAGGAUUUUCUUCUAGAAUCAAUGAGUUUGUGAGUUCUGAAAUACAGAAUGAUCUGUUCUUUUAUUUGUCCACCCUGGAAGAUACGAGGUUUUUUACCAGGCAGAAAAUACGUGUACGAAGAAGCUAUACAAAAUUUUUCAGUGUAAAUAUGAUGAAUUUCUCUUUUUGAACUUUUUUAUUUUUGGGUUGGGAGGGGGGUAGUAUGGACGUCUUAAUGGCCAGUGUAUUUGUAAGAGAAUGUGUUUAUUUUAUUUUUGUUUGUAUGACACUUCUCCUGAUAUAUUCAUUUUAUCCAUUGCAGUUUUCUUC